GUCCAGAUUCAUCCACCCUUCCCCUUCGUCUCCCUCCCUCCAUCCAAUCCACCCCCUCUCCCCCUUCUCGUCGUCGCCGCCGCCGCCGCCCAUCCGGGGCUUGGACUGUCCUUUCCCCGUUCUGCUGGUAGGUAAGGAAUUCCUCUUCUGGCUCCGACGGAUUCUCUCGCUCCGUUUGUCUCUGGUACAAUUCGUUCGCUGCUGCGAGCCCUCGAAUCCGUUUGUAUCCGGAGCAGCGGCGGAGUAGUAAUACUAGUACAAUUCCUUAGUCGUGUUCCCAAGUGGGUGGAUGCGUCUUUGACUGCCCGGCGCCCGCCCGCACCCCGCAGCAGCAAUGGACGACGGGGACCUGGAUUUCUCCAACCCGGACACGUACCUGUGUCCGGCCCUCGGCACCGACCCGCCCAGCAGCUGCUCCAUGGACAGCUACUUCGACGAGAUCCUCAAGGACACGGAGCACCUCGCCUGCACGCACACCCACACCUGCAACCCGCCGGUGCACGACCUCUCGCACACCCACACCUGCGUCCACGUCCAUACCAAGAUCGUCGCGGCCUCGCCGGGCGACGCCGAGUCGCCGUCCGAGAACAACAGCAACGGCAACGCCGCCUCUAAGAAGCGCCCGUCGGGGAACCGCGCCGCCGUCAGGAAGUACCGGGAGAAGAAGAAGGCCCACACCGCAUCGCUCGAGGAGGAGGUGGUGCACCUCCGGGCGCUCAACCAGCAGCUCAUGAAAAAGCUCCAGAGCCACGCCGCGCUCGAGGCGGAGGCGGCCAGGCUCCGCUGCCUGCUCGUCGACAUCAGGGGCAGGAUCGAGGGGGAGAUUGGUGCGUUCCCGUAUCAGAGGCCGCCGGCGGUCAAGAACGUCGACCUCCUGUCUAGUGUUGACCAGGAAAGCCUCCUUGGCAGCGCUGCUGCCCAGGUUGCCAACUCCUGUGAUUUUAGAUGCAACCAUCAGAUGUACUGCAACCCUGGGAUGCAGGGCGCUAUCAGCGGUCAGGUGUUGGGACAAGGUGCCUGUGAUGUCGCCAGUAUGCAAUGCAUUGGAAGCACCAAGUCUGGAUCCACUAAGCUACCUGUUUGUGGGGGUCUGGAUACACUACCUGCUGUCUGCUUACCAAAUGUUGAAAAGAAGUGAUGGACUCCUGGCGGUGUUUAUGGUCUCUCCUUUCCAGAGACAUGCUGUAUAAACUGCUAGCUUUUCUAUGUAGGACUGCAUCUGGUUCAAACUGCUAUACUGCUAUGUUAGUAUGUCACUGAGUUUGUCGCCCAUGAUGCUUCUAUGGUGUCUGAGGCGAUUCAAGUUUGUUAGCUCUAAAGCUGACAGGACAUCCUCGUUUACUUUGCCUAGUUUCCAGACGGUCUAUGAUCAAGUGCAGAACUGAACCGGAUCGUAAGGAGUUGAACAUGAACUUGUUAAAAUCUGGCAUAUGUAGAUGCAUGGAUCGCGAAAUCCCUCGUGUAGGUGCAGUGUCCCUCUUCUGCUAUGUGCGAGAUCUGAGGGAACCUGGAUUCAUUUAUUGUUUGAAUGUUUCACUGUUUCUGUCGCAAGUAAAUAAUUUAUUGCAUGGGAAGUUUAUAACUC